CGACGACGACGAAAAAUCAAAAAAGUAAAGUUAAAAGCAUUAAAAACAUCGCCGGUACAAUGGAAAUGGGACCUGCAAAACGUCACGAAUCAAAUUCAGUAAACAAUAAAAGCUUCGUCGAGAAAACUAAAAAUUUCUUCCGCAGGGAGAAAACUUUCGAUGAUAAACUGCUUCGCAAGCGAACGGACGCAUUUGCGACUGAAUACAAGCGAAGGCACAAAAGCCACGAUGCAAAUAAAGUACGGAGAAAUCACAUUAAAAACGAUGGACGCAAAUCUAUUAAGAGACCCAAAAAUACCGAAAGCAAAAAAUUCUACGGGCAUGUGGAAGAAGUUAUUUACUGCGAAGUUACGCCAUCGAUGCCAUUUAGGAUGACCAAUGACAAAAGCGUCACAAAACUUCGAGAUAUUUUUAAACGCCAUGAGCUUCGAGAUCGUAACGAAUUUGGUGGCGACAACUUUCCUAGGAAAAGUCAGAAUAAAGACAAGUCUUGUAGUAAGUCGAGAAAUAAUUCGAAACAAAAACACGCACGUACAAAUUCGAAGAAGAAUGACGACUCUGGGAAUACUCAAAAGUUGCCCGAACAAUACCUUUCCCCGCUAGCUACUCAAAGGCAUCAAAAAGCGACUGCCGGAAACGAGGGGAGAGGGAGAAAACGACACAAAAGAGAAAACACCCGUUCCAGCAAAGAGAACAAAAUUGAAGAUGGCCAAAAUCCCGGCGAAGAAAAGCAGCAAAAGAAACGAAUCAGACUGGUACAAAAGUACGACAAUCUAACCGAGAAAAUCGAAGAAGACAUGAAAAUCUACUUCGCUCAAAUCCAAAUGAUGAUAGACAAAAAGUUGGAUGUGAUUUUACAAAGUCAGAAAUUAGAGCAAAUGAGUACUAAAACAUAUUUCCCUCUUGAAGAGGGCAAAACGAAACGGGAACGCAAAAAAUCGAAGAAAGUGAAUAAUGCACAACACACUACAUCCCACGGAGAAAUUAGUCCAAGUACACAAUCACGAAAAGUUGUAGAUACCAACGACAAAGACAACGGAACGUGUUGCCUUUUCGAUCGAGCUGAUCCAGCAACAAAUGUCGAAAUGCGCAAACAUUUUAAAAAAUAUCGAAAUUCUGAAAUAUCGGGACUCUUGAAUCAAAAACUCCAAGAGCUUUUAGGUGGGUCUACUGUGGAAAGGCCUCCAAAUAAGAACAACUCGACUGAGUGUAAGGAGUGUAACAUCUGUUCAGCCAGAAACGGUGAGUACAAAAAUUGGAGAUCAGCAAAUAUUCAGAAGGUGUUAGAUCAACACUCAUCAAGGCAAGAAUUCGUGGUUCAAGGAAUAGAACCGCCCAGUCUGGAACGUAAUAUUGAGAGAUCCAACGAACAGCUGAGGCCUCGAAAGCUCGAGUGUAAAACUGUAUCCAUCAUAGGAAUCAUUCCGAGUAGUCAUCGGAAAAAGUCGAAAAUGGAAAGAGAAACCCAGACUGAGAAGAAAAAAAGUUCCAAAAUCUACCUAGAGUGUUCGACUCUAGAAACGGAGAUUAGCCACGAGGAAAAAUUACACAAAGGUAUAGUUGACAACAGGCAAUUUAACGAAGAUGAAUCUUCUGAAAUCUUAAAGGGACAUUGCAAGAAGAAUGAUUUGCUCCCGGAUUUUAAGCGAUGUUAUUUUAACGCCUUAAGUAGUAGUAAUUCUGACAACUGUUUCCAAAUGCUCCAGAAAACCGGUAGAACGAGCAUCGGCGACAAGUCCAAAUUAAAAAUCGAUCCUAGAACAUCCCUAAAAGGUAACCCGAAAAUCUCCAGAUCCAAAUCGGAUUUUACCGACAAACCUUUCUCGAUCAACGACUCUAUGACAAAAAAGUCACGAAGUGGAAAUCCGCAGAUUCAGCGUACUUCAAACAAAGAUGAGGGAUUGCAAACCUCCAAAAUAAAAGUAGAAGUACAAAGUACUGCGGUGGGUGGUGACAAAAAGCAUCACCGCCACGUGCACACGAGCAUCCACAAUGUAAGACAGAUGUCUAGAGGAACAAGCGCCAGAAAAAUGGACGCUGCUAUCAAUAUCGUGAAAAAGGUUGACGUAGCAAUUUCGCCUAGAAAAUCUCCCAAGCGCUGCUUAAAAGAAGCUGCAGUAGGAGUGAGUUACGUGGAUUUGGUAAAUGCACCAGCUAAGUUGACGAGGUCGAGGGGGGUUUCUCCAAUUAACAUUCGAGGUAUCCACUUAACGAAACCAGUAAUGGUACCUACCCCAAAACCGAGGAAUUUCAAACAAUCUGGCAAAAUCCGAAUUGCAUCACAUGAAAAACACAAGACCGCGACGAUGGGAGUAGCCAGCGUCGAAGAAACUCCAUUACUAAGUUUGGAAAGAGCAAACGUUGCUACCAAAUCAUUUGAUGUGCAAUGCACAACUAUUAACCCCAAAAGUCGCAAAAGUGUAGUGAAAACGAAGCAUAUUACACAAGCUAAGAUUCCAACUGUUGAUCCUAAUCAUUCUGCGGCGGUAUCACCGACGUGCAAUCAAUCCAAUCAAAAUGCCAUCGAUGUUUGUUUCCACUUGCCUUAUUCGGAAAACGAAGAAUCCUCACGCAAACGUGAGAGCUGUACUCUGACUAGAAGUAUUACCGCAAACGCAAUGCUCGAAAAUGCGAACUCCGUCGUAAAUAAAGUUUCCACCACCACAUCAUCAUCUGCGCACGUAAGGUUUGUAAGGAAAAGCAAGUCUUUGGUGGAAAUUAGACCUCGGAUGCGAAAUAACAUGUAUAACGAAUCCAAUUCUGAAGUCGGUAGCAGAACUAGAAGCACGCUUGAAAAAUUUGCGAACCAACCGAAACAGCGUUUGCAAAGUCAAAGGUCAAACGCACAAUCGUUGGAUCAGUAUUUGGGUAAAUUCACUAGCAGAUUGUUCCUUACAAAAGACUAUAAAGGAUCGCAAGUCAGUUCGUAUCAGAGAAGGAAACUCUAUGAUGACUCGAUACGAAAAAGGAUGAAAAAAAAAUUUAAGCUUUCCAAGAACUCCAUCGGACCUCAAAUCUACGAAGUUAGAUUUUUAUCUAUGUUGGAAAAUAAAGAUUUUAUUAAUCGUUCGGUUAGAUCGGCGAUACACUCCAUAGACCACAAAGACAAUAAUAUAAAACCCGCAAUGUAUACUGACGUUCCACAUUCAUUGGCUGCACUCAGAACUGAGAAAUCAAACGUCGGAAAAGUUACGGAAAUUUACGUAAACAACAAAGAACACCUUAUGGUCAAGUUUUGGAGAAAACUUUUGGCGAUCAAUAGCACUGUGGCUAUCCCUGAAGGAUUUGAGGAAAACCAGUGCUCUUGCACAACAUUUUCCAGAAACUGUACCGCUUGCAAAAAUUUCGUGACACUUUUGGAUUUGUUUUCCAGCUCUAUGUCGACGUAUUGCAAAAAUGGUGGCCAUUCUCAAGUCGAUAACAAUACCGAAUCGACCUCAGAAGCAACAGAGCGUAUUAUGUUGGCGCCGGAUUGUGAUUCAGUUGAAAUCUGCUACAAAUCCAGAAUGAAUGACGUAAAUAACUCCACCACUGGUAUGCGUAGCUGGCACGUGCCCACUUAUAGGGAUGGAACAUACCUGACAUAUCCUACGAGCUGUCCAAUUCUUGCUAGUCGUGUAUCUUCCUUCGAAUACUUGUAUGAACGGGAUUCCAAUGACACUUCCAGAGAAAUGGUGUUCGCCAACUUAACACGCCCAUUCGGUCAAAUAUUCAGGUUUAAUCCCAGUCAGUACAACGUGGAAACUCAUUUUUCAAGAAGAAAUACCCAUAGCAGCCCUUGCAGCUCCGAAGAAAGUGGAUAUGGCAGUGUUAAAUCCAAACAAACCUCUUCUUUGGAUAAUUUCUUCAAGAAGCCGAACAUUGCUGCACUGUUUACUCCGUGUAGUUUGGGUACAACAGAAUUUUGCACAAUUAAUCACCAGGAUAGGACGGAGUUAGAGGAAGUCGUAACUUAUGACACCAUGGUCGAACAUUGUCAGUUAAAUUCCGAUCAAGUCCAAGAGAAGACUGAAAGUUGUGAAAAUGAAGAAGAAGAUGAAGAGUUUCCGUUGUCAAUGGAGAACGAUUAUUCGAACUGCUUGGAAAUGAAAUCCACGUACAAUAAUAUUGUAGAAGUCGAACAAGAACCGGCAGUAGAAACAGAUGAAAAUAAAAUUGAACUUAGCGAGAAUGGAAUAAAAUCGACAAGUAGUACAGCGAUUGAUGUCCGAGAUAUAGCGUCAAUAUCUGAAUCGAUGGUUGAAAAUGUGAUAAAAGCAAGUAGUUCGGAGAUUGCGGAGGAAGCCCCUGCGAGAGGCUUUUUUAAUAUCCUCUUGAAAAUAUAUGAAAAGGAAGUUCAUAUUAGAAAGCAGUUGUUUGAAGAUUUGAUUUUUCAUGAGUGCUUGAUAUCUGCGGUCGAGGACAAAAGGAACCAGGAGAAAAAGUGGAAAUCGAAACUGCGAAAUAUCUUAAAGAAAAAAGAAGAAAAAAAUGCAGACACGAGAAUGCCCGAGGGUACUGACGGCAAUCUUAUUAGCGAAUUGCGUGAUCAACUUCCGGAUGCAAAACGAUGCUUAAUCGCUAUAGCGCAAGUUGCACAAAUCUCAAAGUCUCUGGAAGAGGAGCUAAAAAUAAACGCCCUAAUGAAGCUGCUGAAAAGAAUCGAAAUGGGAGAUUGGAAGGUUGCACAGAUAUUUCAAGACUUGGAAAAUGGGAACUUACAAGAAGAGGUCAGAGCCCAAGUGCUCCAACUGUUUAUAAAUACCUGUCAUGGGUUUUACGCGGGUACUAAAUUACAUCGACAGAAAUUGAGCAAUGAAGAACUAAAUUUAGUGAAGAUUUUCGCAUGCAAAUACGGGCUCAUGGUGGAAGAAAAUUUAUCGAUUACUGUAGCCAACUACAUCGCUAAAAAAGUUAUCAAUUCGGAACGCCGGUUGAGAGCUGCCGUUGCCUAUUUAAUGCGCCCCAAAGCGGAAACGAUGGACGCAAUAUCGUUUGAAACAUUUAUUUGCCAUGAAGAAUGAUGGAAAAUGAUGAACAUCGAAACUUUAAAAAUGAAUUGUUUUGUUGAAGCUAUAUCAUCGUUUCGUAAAAAGCAGCAAAGUUAUAACGCUAUGUCUUCGCAACAGUUUUUUUUAAAGAUUUUUUCCCUAAAUUAUAGGCACAUACCGACCAAUG